GGCCAUUUUAAAAGUUGCCGAGUGGGAGGUGGGGGGUAAGCGAACGAGAAGUGAGUGAGUGUGCGCGCAUGCUCGGUCGCUUGCUGUAAUCUACAUCCGCGCCCUUUCCUCUCCGGCACUCGGAGUUCAGCUCCAUCCACAUCUAAUUAUCUACGUGGGGGAAAAAAAAAAUACAAUUAAUUCGCAAGCGGGGAAGAGAGGAACAGCGCCAGAGGAUGAAAUGCAAUCAAUAUGAAGCGAAGGGAAAGCAGCAGUGCGGAAGCGGACGGGUGAAAUUGUGAAUCGAGGCGCUGGCUACAAAUUGGAUACUUUGUAUCAAAGGGCCUGAAUCGGAUCACACAACGUUCCAUUGAAACUGGGCGCUGCAUUCAUCGGUUCCGUCGCUGCCCUCGACUCUUUCUCGCUUCGUUUCAUCUCGGAAAUUUGUGUGCUACCUCAAUACACACACUCUCUUCUCCACCCCAACCCCCCUUCCCCCCCCCCCCCUUUUUUUCCCCUCUCCUUUUCUUUUCCCCCCCACCCCUGCCCUCUCCCGUCCCCAACCCUCCCCAGCACACCGAAGAUGGGCGGCGCGUUCGCCAAGAUAUUCGGCAGCAAGGAGAUGAGGAUACUGAUGCUGGGCUUGGACGCCGCCGGCAAGACCACUAUCCUGUACAAGCUGAAGCUGGGCCAGUCGGUCACCACCAUUCCCACGGUGGGCUUCAACGUGGAGACGGUCACCUACAAGAACGUGAAGUUCAACGUGUGGGACGUGGGCGGCCAGGAUAAGAUCAGGCCGCUGUGGCGGCACUACUACACGGGCACGCAGGGGUUAAUCUUCGUGGUGGAUUGCGCCGACCGAGACCGCAUCGACGAGGCCAAGCAGGAACUGCACCGGAUCAUCAACGACCGCGAGAUGAGGGAUGCCAUCAUCCUGAUCUUCGCUAACAAGCAGGACCUGCCCGAUGCCAUGAAGCCACACGAGAUUCAGGAGAAGCUGGGAUUGACCAGGAUCAGGGACAGGAAUUGGUAUGUGCAGCCGUCCUGCGCCACCUCAGGAGACGGACUCCAUGAGGGACUCACCUGGUUAAAUUCAAAUUACAAAUCCUAACUUCACGAGGAAGACGGCGACGCCCUGGGUUUUGUUCUGAACUGAUUAGGUUGGAUUAAACCUUAUAGAGAAAUGCUAACUUGUACAAGACCAAAAGUUUAAUGAAAAUGAUUUUUUUUUAAUGCUUUGGGAAGGGAGGGGGAAAAAGAAAUUUCACCACCGGCUAAUUCUGACGUUUUCAGUGCCGGGCACAGACCAGUCAGGGCCUACACUAGAAGUGAAAACAUAAGAGAUUUAUUAAAGGGAGGAGGUCACGUCUAUUCACAGGCUAUGCAAUGGUGGGAAAGAUUCUGCCCACUCCAUUCCUUUGGAACGCUGCUGUUCAGUGACAGAUCUCUCUAAAACAAUUACAAUCGGCUGCUUUUUUUUGUGGGGGUGGUGGUCUCAAUAGGGUCCUUAUGUGACACACAUUGUGCUAUGCAAGAGAGAUGUUUAAACAGUUUCAAUUGAAGGCGCUUCCUGAUCUUUAACCCUUCCCCCACCCCACCCCUUUUUGAUUAGCCAUAAUUUCUAUUAAUAAAGCCAAACAUUUUUGGCCUAGGUUUUUAUUGCCUCUUCACAUUAAGAUUCUGGACUGUUGUGGACAAUAGUCUAGCUUCAGGUAUCUGGGUGGUGGCUUGAAGUUAUUUUUGUAUCAGAUUUAUAUAAAAGGAAUAUGUCAUGCCAAGGGAACCCUUUAAGGUUUCCAUUUUUCCCAUGACCACACCCUCUUCAAACUAAAUUGGGAUUUGUUUGGGAUUUUCCUCCCCCUGCCUGACCUCUAAUGUAGCAAAACCAGCUAAGGUCCCACAUGCCCCUCUGACUGGAAAGUGCACUUGAAUAUGUGUGUGUGUCUCUCUCUCACUCUCUCCCCUCAUCUGCCAAAUAUUUAUUACAAGGGACAAAUGUCCAUUCUGAUGAGGUAUAAUGUGAGUGGGAGCCUUCAGGAGAGCAGUGGAAUGACAGAGUUGAAAUAAGACUGUUUCUUGCUUAUCCUGAUGAAUCAUGGUCAUUACAGCAUAGCAAGCCAUUGAGUCCAUGCCCGUUCACAUUCUGAAAAUUUAACAAGUUUCCAUCUUCCUAAAAGAGCAGGAUAUUGAUUUCCCACACUCCCACCAAAAAAAUUGCAAAACAAGCUUUUCCCAGUAUUUAAUUUUGGGAGGGAGGUGCAGGAGACCAUUCAACCUUGAGCUUUUCAGUAUUCUGUUUUGAGCACAACUGAUUGGUAGCUCUGUUCUUUUUAUGUUGGCUUCAUAUCCCUAGAUUGCCUUGCCUGAAAAAUCUAUUGAUUUUUCAUUUUGAAAUUGUCCAUUGUCCCAUUAUGAUCGGCUAUUGGAAGAGAGUUCCAGAGUUUUACCAUCCUCUGAGAAAUACUUCUGAUUUUUUUUCCCUCUCUUCUCUCCUGCAUAGCCUAGUUCUAAUUUUAAGGUCAUGUUCUCUUCAGAAGGUACCUGCUUAUCUAUGCUAUUGAAUUCCUUUUAACAUUUUAAAGACCUUGGUUUUAUUGCCUCUUAACCUUUGGAAUGAAAACCAAGGUUUUGCAACAUGUUCCUAAUUGAACCCUUUUAAGACCUGGACUGUGAUUCGGUUGACUGGUAUGGCCCAAGCUUAUUGCUUCCUGUGACGUCUCCAUGUUCUAUACCCCCCCCCUCCCACCACCAGUGGAAUGGGUGUACACGUAUGCAUUUCAAGAGAGGAUGGAAUUGGGCUCUGCUAUAAUGCACCCCUUGAUAAUACUGACACUUAACUGUCCAGGCCUUGAAGGUGUCUUGAAGGAAAGGUGUUUAGUUCAAUGUGCACCCUCUGGUACAGGAGGGGCUAAACCUCAAGGGUGUGCCGACUUACAAGAUGAGAUCUUCCAAUGGUGUUUGGGUGCAAAUAGUGGAGGUUUGUUUUUGGGAUGUGGUUGCAAGUUGCUUUCAGAAUGAUUUGGGUUUUACUUGCAUUUCUAAGAGGAAGUUUUACGUUAGUUCUGUGUUCUAGGGGAUGGUUUCAGGUAACUUCUUCUAAUAUUACAGUAGAAUUUAGGGUAGGAUCAAACCAACCAAUGCUCAAGCAAAGCUUGAAUUAUUCAGUUGAUAUAAAAGGUACUCACUCAGGGCUGUCCAUACACACAUUGGUCUGGAUGUUCCUUUUUUCUCUGGACCUUGUUUGACAGAUACCCAGGGUAACUAUCGAGACCAGAUGCUCCCAGAAUCUAUUGCAAGCAUCCGCUAUAGAACUUGAUCCCAGCUGAGGGCUUUGGAACUACUGCCAUGAUCGGCUGGAUUAUCAACUCAAUCCCACCUUCCAGUUAAUGUGAGGGCUCUUGGGUAAAAAAUAGCAAGAAUCUUUUCCAGAAGAGAGACCAGCCCAUGGCUCCCAGUGGUUUUCAGUAGCACAGUUGGAGGUGGAAUUGGGGGGGGUGUUAAAUAAUGGAAAGUGAAGAAAAUAAUGCUAUAGGCUUUUGGAAUCUGUCCCAGAAUCUCUAUAGACAUUUAGGUUCAUGUGAUUUUGUUUCCCCUCUGUGCUUGUGACUUGGAGCACAUGGUGGUGCAGAGCUGUCAAUCUACCCAUCUCCCUCCCUUCUCGUUCUUGGUUCAUUUUUUGUUGCUGAAACGCUGCACUUAGUCCCUCAUGGCCUGCUCUGUAAGGUCCUCAAUGUCCUCUGCUAGAGCCCUUUUUAGUUUGGCCUAUCUGGAAGGGGAAGAAUGGUUUCCAUGCAGUGCCAUGUAGAUACCAGUAGCUGUCAUUACUGAGCAUUUCCAGUCCAGUGCUUCCGGCAUCUGGUGGAAGAUGCAAGGUGAUGCUAUCAACAUUUCUGUAGGUGCACAGGAAAAAGACUUUGCAUUGAAAUAGAUACCUUGCCUUUUUUUUUAAAAAAAAAAAGUCCUGUAUUCUGAAGCCACCUUAUGGUGUGCAAUACUGUACUGGUGUGGAGGUGGCAUCAUAGAGCUGCAUUUCAUAGGUUUCCUGCGGAUCUCCCCACCUGGGGAUGGGACAGCAAGUGGAGAAGAUUCAUUCAGCCUAUGGCAUCCCUGAAUUGGGGACCCAUCCUCUAGAUCCAUUGCCUGACCUUGUUGUGAUUUUACAAAAAAAUGCAGGUGAAAGAUGAGAAUUGCAAAUAAUUGGGUGAGGCCAGGAAGUUCAUAGCUUUUAUUUUAUUUAAAAGCCUCUAUCAGCUUUUAAUAUCACAAAAUGGACCUACAUCAAUAUAGUUUCAAGUGCAAAUUGUGUGCCAAAAUAGGUGACUUGAUGUGUUGAGGUACUUAGCCUCAACUUGCAAUUUAUUGAAGGUUACAGGUUGAUGCUGUCCACAAGCAAAGUAUAAUGUAUGUCCCCCCUCUCCUGGCUCUGUCUGUCUGCUUCAUAAAGCACUGAAUGACCUGUUACCUUUAAAGGAUGCUGGGUGUGACCCUGCUAGGCACUUUGCACAGCAGCCUUGCAGAGUUGGCACUCAGUUCCGCAAUCUGCACUGAACUGUCACAAAUGGCAAGUUUUGUUUUUUCUCCAAAACCCCAGUCCCACGUGGCUACAUUUAACUCUAUCAAAAUUUGAAAUUGGGGACUGGGUCAAACAUCAGGGACCUGGCUUCAAAACCAGUGAAAUCAAGCUGGGGAGGGUCGCCUCAACUUAUUGGUAAGCACAGACCUGCAGUACAAGGCUGAACAAUUAAGCACUGAAUGUCAGUGUUGCUGCAAAAUGUUUGUGUGUGAGGUGACCACAUCGAUAGUACAGUAAUGCCUACUGUUCUGAGACUGGGGCACAGCAUUAGGGAAGAUGGAACAUAACCUUAACUUAUGUCAUUGCUGACCUGGGUGAUUCAUCUAACCUGAGCCGCUCCUGCCCCAGGAAUGUUUGGGACAAUGUGAAAAACAGCUAUACUCUUAUUGUACAUGUCCUGGGAGUGUAGAGGGAACUUUACUUUGCACAUAACUUUUACUGUACCUGCCUCAGAUUCUGGAUGCUGAUACUGGUAUAUAAAAUUCUGCAGCACCAUGAUGGAACAUUAAACGCUAAAGAAAAUUGGAGGUUUUGGGAUAAAAUGCUGUAAAUGUAGCCUCAAUAAAGACUUGCGCCAGUUAUUUCUGCAGGACUUCUCUUGAUCACUUGAUGCAGCUGUUUUUUAUGUGUGGGGUGGGGGGAAGGAAGUUGAGGACUCGGGAUUCUAGUGCAAAAACACACCGGAAUUGUUUUUUCUUGUGUUUCUGCCAAAGUUAUGACAAUUGGGGUGGUACAAUGGAGUUGUCCCCCCCUUGUGUUCAGUCAAGGGAGUCUGGUGGCAUGAUACUUAAUUGGUCUCUAAAUGACUCUGAAAGAAAGCAUUGUGCUGAAGGGUGGGAUGGGCAGCUCCAACUACAUGUGCUCCUGGGAAUGUUAUCUCUAUUCCUUCACCUGUUCUGCCCUUGUCUACUUUCCCAUUAUGUCCACCAUGUCCAUAUCUUUGCUGUGUGAUGACAUCUAAAGCCAACAGGCUCAUUAGCUGAAUGGAUAAUUCUUAAUCAUUGGCCAGUGGCCUUUUCCCUAUCUUCCACAUAUCAAAAUUAUUUAUUACCUGAUAUGCAAGAGAUGAAAUAAUAUUUAUUAUAAUGUUUCAAUAACCUUUCUCCCUGAGUUGCUCCCAGAAGGAUCCUGGAUAUUACAAAUUCAGGAGAAUCUAGGGCAGUCCUGGAGAAUUGGCACCCCAAUUAUGUGCCUCAGCCUUGGGGAAGGUGACUGAAGUUUAUUAUCCCGUGUGCAAGCUGUUCCACUUACACCUCAGAGCUGGCACUGUCUGGUGCAGUUUAGGUAGUGGGAAUCCCCCUCCCUUGGUGGUGUUAUCAUUUUUGGUCUGUUGAGAAAAGAAAUUAUAUGUAUACUAAAAAUGUUCAUGGUGAAUCUUCAAAUUGGGAAUGUGAUUUUUGGGAAAAGGUAUAAUGCUGUUGUGAUGAAAAGAUGGAUGCAUGAUGUUGGUUGCUUCUUGACCAAAGGGAAGGCAGGUGUCACAGUGCCGUGGCUUCCCUCCAGACAUCUGGGAAAAACUGGCCAGGCAUUUAAUCCUAAAAUAGCCCAAAUAGAGCUGCUGAUAUCCACUAGAACAAGUCCACAGUGAGAGUUGAUCAACAGGGGGUUGUUGGAGCUGAAAGUCGCAACAUCCACAAAAGGAAAAAGCAAUUGAGCUCUUUGGAGAAACUAUCAUUGCAGACUUUUCUUAAAGGAUAAUGUUCUCUGAAUAAACUGAAAUUCUGAA